UUCUGCAUCGUCACUUGUGCUCGUGCUGCGGGUGGAACCAUGCUGAGGGGGACGACAGUGGCGGCGACGAGGCGGACGUCGUGGCGCGGUUUGAAAGGGUCGGCCCGCUGCGCCGGCGGCGUGUCAGUGAGGAAUGAGCCGGUGCUGGACUUCAAACGAGGGAGUCCUGAAAGACGGCAGCUUCUGCAGGCGCUGGAGCGGCUUAAGUCCACCACAGAGGAGAUUCCUUGCGUGGUAGGGGAUGAACCCGUUUGGACCGCUGACGUCCGAUACCAACUGUGUCCCUUCAAUCACGCACACAGAGUCUCAAAGUUCUGCUACGCCGACAAGGACCUUAUCCACAAAGCCAUCGCGGCGUCGAUGGCAGCACGCCGCGAGUGGGACCUGAAACCUGUCCAGGACCGAGCAGCAGUCCUCUUCAAGGCAGCCGAUGUCAUCAGCGGAGCCAAACGAAGUGAAGUGCUGGCCAAGACCAUGAUCGGACAGGGCAAAACAGUGAUCCAGGCGGAGAUUGACGCGGCCGCCGAACUCAUUGACUUCUUGCGCUUCAACGCCAAACACGCCAUGGAGCUGGAGGCAGUGCAGCCGCUGAAUGCCGAGGGCAGCACCAACACCGCCGUCUACCGCGGUCUCGAGGGCUUUGUGGCCGCCGUGGCGCCUUUCAACUUCACUGCCAUCGGCGGGAAUUUGGCGGCAACGCCGGCCGUGAUGGGCAACGUGGUCUUGUGGAAGCCCAGCGACACAGCCAUGUCAGCCAGCUACGCCGUCUACCGCAUCCUGCGCAAGUGCGGCCUCCCGCCCAACGUCAUCCAGUUUCUGCCGGCCGACGGUCCCGUCUUUGGAGACGCCAUCACGUCCUCCGAGCACCUGGCGGGAAUCAACUUCACCGGCAGUGUCCCGACCUUCAAGAGCCUGUGGAAGCAGGUGGCCCACAACCUGGACGUGUACCGGACCUUCCCCAGGCUGGCCGGAGAGUGCGGCGGAAAGAACUUCCACUUUGUGCACAAUUCUGCGGACGUGCGCAGCGUGGUGAACGGCACAGUGCGCUCAGCCUUUGAGUAUGGUGGCCAGAAGUGUUCGGCCUGCUCCAGGAUGUACGUGCCCGCCAGCUUGUGGCCCGACAUCAAGCGGCAGCUGCUCGACGCUCUCAAGCAAAUUCGCGUGGGAGAUCCAGUGGAAGACUUUGGCGCCUUUUUCUCCGCCGUUAUUGACCACAAGUCAUUCAGCCGUAUCAAGAAGUGUUUGGAUGACGCCAAGUCUUCCCCUGAACUGGAGGUCAUUGCCGGGGGCAACUGCAAUGACUCCAAGGGCUACUUUGUGGAGCCCACCAUCAUCACCUCCAAAGACCCCCAACACCCAAUCAUGGCCCAGGAGCUUUUUGGCCCGGUUUUGUCCGUGUACGUGUACCCGGACGACGACUACAAGCAGUUUCUGAGCCUAGUGGACCGCACGUCUCCUUACGCGCUCACCGGCGCCGUCUUUGCACUGGACACGGCCGUGGUAGACGAGGCGUCCAAAAUCCUGAGGAACGCCGCGGGCAAUUUCUACAUCAACGACAAGUCGACGGGCUCCGUUGUGGCGCAGCAGCCGUUUGGGGGCGCUAGAGCGUCAGGCACAAACGACAAACCGGGCGGCCCUCACUAUGUCCUCCGCUGGACUUCCCCGCAGGUGGUAAAGGAAACGCACAUCCCGCUCACACAGUGGAAGUACCCUUAUAUGGCCUGAGGGGAGCACCGCCGUCAAGUCGCAGGAAGCCGUCAAGACUGGCCCCGCCCACUUUGCGCUGACCUGCAGCCAAUGUCAACGUCAAUGUGACGUGUUUCAGAAAGAGUAUAUAGUAUAUAUAAAUCUUAGGAAGAUUGUGUGCAUGUAUAUAUUCACACUCUUCCUGAGAUUUAUGUGUGUUUGUGCGUGUGUGUACGCGUACACACGGAAAUAAUGACAAGAAUCAACUGAUACCAUGAAUACAUGUAAUUAGGGAAUUUUAAGUGUUGAAGAUCUGACAUGUUUUGUGACGUUUGGAAAACGUUCAGUUAACACUAAUUAUUCCAAAUAAAAAUCAUGUGACAGAUCA